CUAACAUGGCAGCUGUGAAGAGUCCGAUGGUGGAUCAAGAUGGAACUUUUGGUCGGUUGCACAGAGGACUGAAGUCAAACGAAGAGGUUGACUGGAAAGAGAGGGAUCCCAAACCUAUACCUGUCACAGUGCGACGACAGAGCUCGACUUUCAAGCGGUUCGCACUUGCCAACCAGUUGCAAGAAAGCGAUGUAAAGACAUCUGUCUCCCUGGCGCCCAGCAAGGUACUGGACACAGACACGGGUCUGCAGCUCUCCAUGAAGGCUAACAGUAUACUGGGGGGCAGCACCUGGACUCAGAACCUAGAGAAGGAGUUCGUGAAACUGGACGCAAAAUCAUCAAACGUUACAGCAGGAGAAGAGGAAGGAGCCCCAACAGUUUUGAGCGGGUCUGAAGAACCAAGAGAACAAUCGGUGUUCCACCUGACUGAAACGGAGAAAUACAUCCUGAAACAAAUCAUGAACAUGACCCAUGAUAGGGCGGGUCUUCAGGCCCACCGAAAGCUGGCAGAAACCCAUUUAGUCAGAGUGCAGACCCACAUGGAAGAGGCGCAGCCGAGUGAGAUUGCGCAGGGAGGCUACAUACAUCUUCCUGAUAGAACUAAGAUGAAGAGACAUUACAUGAAGAAACUUGGGAGGAAAGCUACAAAGACGGAAGUGCAGGUCCCUAAAGAAUGCUGUACCAUGUUGGGAAACGUUGCGAAGUACGAUCCAGCUCGUCGGAGACACGAUUUAAAGAAUACGAUAAUUCCCCUGAUCCCUGGCUCACUUCCUGACCCAGAGUUCAGAUUUCGCCACGUGUUUGUGGUCGACAUGGCCUAUAUGGAGAAAAACAAGGUAGACCUGACAAACGACAGAGUGCCAGUGUUCUCCGCAGCUCAUCCUGGUGACAAAUACCUUUUCUCUAAAGAGAUUUCAGAAGAAAUCAAGGCUAGGAGUAAAAGAUUAGUUGCUGCUAUCAGGAUUGCGUUCAAUAAUAGAUUGUACUGGAAAGAUGUAUUAAAGGGAAAAUCAAAACCUACAGCAGUGUUAGAGGACACAGAAAACGAAGAAGUAUACAAAAGAGAAUGUGAACAGUUCAUCUCCAACCCCCUUUCUUGCAGGUCUAUGAUGUAUUAUGUGGACGUGUACGACCCUACCCAAGAGUACGAUUGUCCUUCUCAGGGUUAUGUCGGUGUCCUGGAAACCUCUCCCAGAUUACUAGCUGUUCAAGAGGGAGAAAAGUUCAAAGAGCGGCUGAUGUCGCACAUCUGCAACGACGGAACCCUCUUUGAGACCUGCCUCUCUCUCCCCCGGCUCUGGAGACACAACUUCUACAACAGUACAGCUGGUUCCGACGGUGUACUGGACAGGGCUCCCUCAGUGAUCGUGCUGCCGCUUGAUUUCGGGCUGGCGGGGGGUGUGGUGAAGUCCAAGCAGACUGAUCGGUUACGCUACCUGGAGGGACGGUACAUGAAGUACUUUGGGGGAGUCAGUCCUGUAACGUUGAACAUGAAGAAUCCUGUUUACAGUACUUGAGCGCCGCUUGUUUUGUAUAAAGUUAGAUAGUUUUUGAAAUAUUUGUAUGUUGAAAAGUUCACAAAGAAUUAUGUGGAUGUAUUGUGUUUUUCCGGACGGGUGUGAUAUAUUUGGUAUGAGAGGGUCGAUAUAUUUGU